AUGUCGGGCGCAGGAAAUCGUGAACAAGUCUUUCCGACAAGAAUGACACUCGGUGUCAUGAAGGGAAAGUUGAGGGGAGCCCAACAAGGCCACUCUUUAUUGAAGCGUAAAUCCGAAGCCUUGACCAAAAGAUUUAGGGAUAUAACGCAACGAAUCGACGAUGCGAAGAGAAAGAUGGGAAGAGUAAUGCAAACGGCAGCUUUCUCUUUGGCAGAAGUUCAAUAUGCUACUGGUGAUAACAUCUCUUAUCAAGUUCAAGAAAGCGUCCAAAAGGCAAGAUUCAAGGUCAAAGCCAAGCAAGAGAACGUCUCGGGUGUAUAUCUACCCACUUUUGAAAGCAGCAUUGAUGAUGCUAUAAAUGAUUUCAAGCUUACUGGGUUGGGACGAGGCGGACAACAGGUUCAAAAAGCAAAACUUGUCUACACAAAAGCUGUGGAGACGUUAGUAGAGUUGGCAUCCUUGCAGACUGCUUUCAUCAUUUUAGACGAGGUCAUCAAGGUCACCAAUAGACGAGUGAAUGCAAUUGAGCAUGUGAUCAUUCCCCGAACCGAGAAUACCAUCAGUUACAUAAAUGCUGAGUUGGAUGAAAUGGACAGAGAAGAGUUUUACAGAUUGAAAAAAGUCCAAGAAAAGAAGCAGGAAGCGUCUGCAGCUGCGGAAGCGGAGGAGGCAGAGAUUGGUUUGAAGAAAUCCCAGGUCGAGCAACUGCCAACAGAUGCGAAAACACUACUCAACUGUGAACAGUCCUCACAUUCUAAGUCGCCAGCAAAUGAUGCACCCUUUGAACACGCUCAUGACACCGCUCUGUCCUCUGAUAUAUUGCAGACCAACGAGGAUGACAUCAUCUUUUAG